AUGGCUGAACAAGGAGUGUCCACUUUAUCUAAUGCCCAUACACCGGUUGCGUAUUCUAUCCAUACGCCUGUUAGUUUAUCCCAUCAUACACCUGAAAAUCCCGGCAAUGCGCCCGUUAAUUUAUCCUGCCAUACACCUGAAAAUCCAUCAUAUUCCAGUUCGGUUGCACCUAUUCCCGGUGUCAGUUUGGCCACCUGCCACACAUCCGAAAACACAACCGAGCCUUUUUCUACCGUCCCCUUACCCAGCCUCCCAUUGUCAAUCGGCCAGGAGUUCCCAGACGUCGACACCUGUCGAAGGACCCUAAAGGACAUAGCUAUAGCAUCCCAUUUCGAGAUCCGGAUUGUUAAAUCCGACCGGAGCAGAUUCAUCGCCCGUUGCUCGAAAGAAGGCUGCCCGUGGCGCAUCCACGUUGCCAAAAACUCUGGGGUCCCCACGUUCAGCGUGCGAACCCUCCAGGGGGAGCACACUUGCGAAGGUGUCCACAACCUCCACCACCAGCAGGCCUCAGUGGGCUGGGUAGCCCGAUCAGUCGAGGCCCGCGUGCGGGACAAUCCGCAGUACAAGCCCAAGGAGAUCUUGCAGGAUAUCAAAGAUCAGCACGGUGUGGCUGUAUCUUACAUGCAAGCAUGGCGAGGAAAAGAGCGGAGCAUGGCUGCUCUCCAUGGGACCUAUGAGGAAGGGUAUAAGCUUCUUCCCGCAUAUUGUGAACAGAUUCAGAAGACAAAUCCGGGUAGCGUAGCCUCUGUAAUUGCAGGCGGGCCCGAAAAUUCUUUUCAGCGUUUGUUCAUUUCCUACCAAGCGGCCAUAUACGGGUUCAUUAACGCGUGCCGCCCUCUUCUGGAGCUCGAUCGUGUCCAUCUAAAGGGGAAAUAUUUAGGGACCAUGUUUUGUGCCGCCGCUGUUGAUGGUGACGAUGCUCUUUUCCCGCUAGCAGUGGCUAUUGUGGACAACGAGAGUGACGAGAGUUGGAUGUGGUUCAUUUCGGAAAUCCGGAAGCUUCUCGGAGUGAACACCGACAGCUUGCCACGACUAACAGUGCUCUCCGAGCGCACCCCGAGCAUGGUUGUGGCCGUCGAGAUGAAUUUCCCGAACGCGGCCCACGGCUUCUGCCUCCGCCACGUCAGCGAGAAUUUUCGCGACACCUUCAAGAACUCGAAGCUUGUGAACAUCUUUUGGAACGCCGUGUACGCUCUCACUACAUCCGAGUUCGAGAGCAAAAUAUCCGAAAUGGUUCAAAUCUCACAAGACGUGCUCUCGUGGCUACACGUCUACAACCCGCGGUUAUGGGCCGUCGCGUAUUUCGACGGGGUACGAUACGGUCACUUCACGCUGGCCGUCACGGAACUGCUCUACAAUUGGGCGUUAGAGUGCCACGAGCUGCCUAUCGUCCAAAUGAUGGAGCACAUUCGUCACGAGCUGACUCUAUGGUUCGACGAGCGUCGGGAGGCUGGGAUCCAGCUGGCAUCAUCGUCGGCGCUCGUCCCAUCGGCCGAGCGGCGGAUCUCUGAGGCGUUGGCCGAUGCGAGGUGCUACAAGGUGCUCCGGGCGAAUGAGGUGGAGUUCGAGGUGGUCUCGACUGAGCGAACCAACAUAGUCGACAUAAGGGGGCGCGUGUGUUCGUGCAGGCAGUGGCAGCUGUACGGGGUCCCGUGCGCGCACGCGGCUGCCGCGCUCGUCUCGUGCGGGCGGGACCCGCGACUCUUUGCCGAGCAGUGCUUCACGACCCGAAGCUACCGUGAGACUUACUCGCGGGCGGUGUGCCCGGUGCCUGACAGGGUGGCGUGGGAUGAGUCGGGUGGUGGUGGAGGCGAAAUGACGAUAAAGCCCCCAAAGACGAGGAGGCCUCCAGGAAGGCCGAAGAAGAAGGUGCUGAGGAUGGAGAGCCUGAAGAGGCCGAAGAGGGUCGUGCAGUGCGGGAGGUGCCAUAUGCUCGGGCACUCGCAGAAGAAGUGCGCGUUGCCUAUGUAA